AUGUGGAAAUCUAUCGACUGGAGUGGCCUGAUUGCGAUUAUAGCAUGGAUUGCCCAAGUGACAGACGCCGCUUUGCCAACACGUUGGGAAAACUGGUGGACGUACGAUGGGAUUGCCGGCCCUGCCUUUUGGGGAAUGUACACGCUGGAAUAUUCCCUUUGCGCCAAAGGGAAGCAUCAGAGCCCAGUUAACAUUGAUCCUAGGCGACUUGUCUUUGAUCCGAAUUUAGAAAAACUGCACAUUACAAAACAGACGGGUCCCUGGAUGCUGAAGAAUACCGGUCAUGAUAUAACGGUAGAUCCCUUAGGGAGAGACCUCGUGACUAUUGGAGGGGGUCCACUGUCUUACAACUACUCGGUGGCUCAUAUUAAACUUCACUUCGGUGCUCUGGAUACAAUAGGAUCAGAGCACACUGUCAAUGGCACUCCGUUUCCAGCCGAGAUGCAUUUCAUCGGAUACAAUAGAGAUCUGUUCGAGAAUUUCACUAGGGCCCGGACAUCCCCUAACGGCAUCGUCAUAUUAUCGGUGCUAGUGCAGAUACAUCAAAGAGGAAACAAAGAAUUCCAAGUCAUUACGAAAGAGCUUCGGAAUAUUCCUUUAAAAGGUAAUCAAACUAAACUGCAUGCGCUAGAGAUCCAGAAGAUCAUCCCCCAGACGGAGUUUUAUAUGACGUAUCACGGCUCUUUCACACAGCCCGGAUGUGAAGAAGUGGUCACGUGGGUGUUGCUGAAUAAACCUCUGUAUUUUAGCCGUGAACAGAUGAAUGCCUUACGUAAGCUUACAAAAAUACAAGAUCCGGGCCAAAUAUUAAUGGAAAAUAACUUUCGGUCACCAUUACCAUUGUACCAGAGGACAAUACGAACGAAUAUAAAUAUGGAGGAUCCCAAAUGCGUGGUGACAAAGACUCUGGAGUAUCGUUUAAAUAAUAACUUCAAGCCCCCCUAAAAUUUGUGCAUUGGAUUAUUACCACAUUGGCUGCAUUGUAUGGAGAGAACUUGGCUCACGACGUGCAAUGAGUCUGCCAGCAGAGGAACGUGUCUUGAAGCGAGUUGCUGGGGAAGUAUAAGGAAAACUGAUGUGGGAACAAUUCAAUGUGUGUUACUGACAAAAGUUGGUUUUGUGCUUAUAACUAGUACCCAUUCCAUCCUUACCAGCCGCUGAACAUUGCUAUCGAAAUGGAAUACCUUCCGCUGACCGUCGUUUGCUGGACAAAAGGUGUAUGAGGAAGCUUUAGUUAACCAUGAUGUAAUCAUACACUGUGCCGUUUAAAGGAGACUUGCAGCAUUGUGCCGGCGAUAUGUCGAUAUGUCGUCCGCUGGAUGGCGGUUGGUGAGUUCACAAGUCGUUUCCUCGAAGCAUCUUUAUCGGCUGUACGUGCUCUAUGACUUCAUUCUGAUCCUUCCUGCCUGCGGAAUGUGUUUAUGCCACAAAGACGACGAAAUUAUGCAACAUCUGUAAAUAAGUUGUAAAUAUAAGCAUAACAUCGUGUCAAUUUAA